AUGUCCGACGCUUUACUCAGAAAAGCCGGCAGAACUUUAUUCGAGAAACACCUCCAGCAAUAUGCUCCGGCCGACCCUAUGUACGAAGAAUACACGACUGCACAGGGCAAGAAGAAGCGUCGAAGGCGUGCGAUUCCCGAAGGCCUGUCGGCUCGCGAUGCCAAGAUAUUAAAGUCUGUUCAACGACGAGCCCACUAUCUCGAUAAGGGUUUUUCGCUCUGUGGCUUCCGUUUCGGCUGGACGUUCAUUAUUGGAAUUAUUCCUGGCGCUGGCGAUGUCGCCGACGCGUCGCUCAACUACCUUCUCGUCGUCCGCAAAGCACGCAAAGCCGACCUUCCCAACUGGCUUAUUCAACGCAUGCUCAUGAACAACGCAGCGUCAGCUCUAAUGGGACUGGUGCCUCUUGCGGGAGACGUGGCAAUGGCUGCUUUCAAGGCUAACUCGCGCAAUGCAGCCUUGUUGGAGGAAUACUUGCGUAUCCGUGGAGAGGAAUUCCUCAAAAUAGAGAAAGCGAAAGCAGGAGAGCUCAAUAAGAAGAAAGAUGGGCCUGUUGCUCCGCCAGACGAUAUAAAGCAGAUCCAUCCUGGAGCAGGCAAAGAGCCGGGAGAAGUGGUGCCCGGAGAGAAACAGCCCAAACGCGGGCUAUCCAAGUUCCUUAUCCGAGGCUCGUCAGGCAAGGGCAAGGGCAAAGCUCCAGCAACAGAUACUGGUCGUUUUGUGGAGAAUGUCGAAGAGAAUACCAAGUAA